AUGAACAUCAGUACCUGGAAUGUGAGGGGAUUGAAUGAUCCCAUUAAAGUAGUUGAAAUAAAGAAGUUUUUAGUUAGUAAUAACAUUAGUGUUGUAGCUUUUUUAGAAACAAAAGUUCAGGAGAAGAAUAGUAGUAAAAUUCAGAAGAAAAUAGGGAUUGGGUGGCAGUGGAUUAUGAAUUAUGAGUACUCUCCUAGGGGAAGGAUUUGGAUUGGCUGGAAGCAUGCUUUGGUUUCAGUUCAGCUUCUUCACAAAACUGAAUUCUGUGUUCACUGUAAUGUUGCUACAAAGAAUGGCCUGUUUAGUACUACCUUUUCAGUUGUGUAUGGUUUACACUCUGUUGAUACUAGAAGACCUAUGUGGAGAGAGAUUACUACCUUCAGUAGUACUGUUACUUGUCCUUGGCUAGUCAUGGGUGAUUUCAAUGCAGUUUUAUUAGCUGCUGAUAGGGUAAAUGGCAAUGCAGUUACUGAGGGAGAAACUAAAGACUUUGAUAGCUGUAUGGAUGCUGCAGGGUUGGCUGAGCUUAAAAGUUGUGGGAGUUACUACUCUUGGAGCAAUAAGGGACAAGGUAAUUUGAGAAUAUGUUCCAGGAUAGAUAGAGCUAUUGCCAAUGCACUAUGGCAUUCUAAGUUUGUUGAUGCUGUGGUGGAUUACUUGCCUCCAGGAAUCUCUGAUCACUCCCCUCUAGUUAUGUCUUGUAAUAUUCACCUGGGAGGAGGGAGUAGACCCUUUAAAUUUUUUAACUAUAUGGCAGACCAUGCUCAAUUUCUUGAUGUGGUUAAAAAGGGAUGGGAUGUGUCCUGUCCAAGGAGUGGUUCCAUGUUGAAGGGGUUAAGGGCUGAUUUGGGUCAAAUUCAGACUCAGUUAGCAGCUUGCCCUACUGAUAGUAAUGUGCAACAAAGUGAGAGGGAGUGUAGUGAGACCCUUAAGAAGUUCUUGCAUAUUCAAGAAAGUGCAUAUAGACAGAAAGCAAGAAUUCAGUGGUUGCAAGUAGGAGAUUCUAAUUCUAAAUUCUUUUUUAGUGCAAUGAAGGAGAGGAUAGCUAGGAAUAGCAUUGAUAUCUUAUAUGAUGAUUCUGGAAAGAAGCUAAGCACUACUCAGGAAAUUCAGGAGGAAGUUAGCUCCUUCUAUAAGCAAUUGAUUGGUACUCCUAGCUCCUUGAUGGGUGUGGAUGUUGGGGUGGUUAGGAAAGGGAAACAGCUUUCUGCUGCUGAUGCAGAAAUGUUGGUGGUUCCUAUCUCAGAUGCAGAAAUUGAUGCAGCUAUCUAA